AACCUUUUUGAUCUACUUGCGUCACUGGAAAAAAAAACCUCAGUAUGAGCUGUGUGUUUCUUAUCAAUGCACCUGCAAAGAGGGAGUGUACUAAGCAACAUCAUUCCAUACCUGCUGUAGGUGAGACAUCCAGACAGACAGGUUAAGCCAGAUUCUCUAAUCUGCCUAGGGCCAGAUUUGACAAUCUAAGAACUGGCCGAUGUAGGGGAAAAGGUGAAAAACAAAACCACAUAGAGGGAAAGGACUCUCAAAUCUCAGGGAGAGAAGAGCACCCAAGAAUAACAGAAAGAAUGAAAGCAAAGAGAGACUUUCUACGUGAACACUGAAAAGAGAGAGUUUAAGAAGAGAUAUUCAUGUGAACCAGGGAGAUUAUACAUGUCCUUGACUCUGCCAUGUCAGAUGAGCCCCCAAAUCCGUUGUCUGAAGGGGAUGGUAUCUCUGAAUGCAUUGUCUGCUUCACACCAUAUGAUGCCCUCUUUCAUCUCCCGAAGAUACUCACCUGUGGUCAUGUCUUCUGUUUGGAGUGUCUUUCUCGUAUUACUGUGGGGUCUACAGAACCCGAGUCUAUCCCCUGCCCUAUAUGCCGGAAGCCAACACCACUGCCACCUAAGAAGGGUCCACCAGCCUUGUCUACUGACCAAGACCUCCUGAAGAGUUUGAACAAAACACCUAGCUGUCCAAUUCCCAGCUUAAGAUUCAGUCGACAACGUGGUCUAUUAUAUAUCGAAAAGAAGAACUCUCUUAAUGUCAGCACGGUCAGCCUCAGUGUGGAUCUGGGGCGUCCUCCACCUCCUGCCCGAUCUCCCAGAAAUCUACGAUCAUUGUUCAGGAAUGGUGGUUGUCUUUUUUAUGGAUCAAUUGGGGCAGCUGUUUUUCUUACCAUAGCUCUUGUUUUGGCUGGGGUGUACAUAUUCUACCUAGUUCCUUUUUCAAUGAUUGGUGGAGGAGGGAACAAUCCACCGGGCCCUAAUGGGGUCAACAUUACCAGUGGAGCUGUAAAUAACUCUAUAGGACCAGGACAUAAUUAGAUGGAAAUAACCAGCACCUUUUAAUGGAAGGAUUUUGUGUGUGUAUUUAAUCAAGACAUUUUGACUACCUUGUUCUACAAGAGAAUGGUCUCAUUUAUUGUAAACUUCUUCCCAUAUUCUGAAAUAAUUCCCAAGCUUUGUAAUGCUGGUUCAUUCAAACAAAAAAAACUGUCUCUUGAACUACAAAACUGUCUAAUUUCAUUAGAAAACAUUGUCGAUUAUUAUAAAAAGUGUCAAUGAAAAUUCUAUGUAGUUUAAUGGUCUAAUUGGAUGGGUGGUAUCAAUUCAUUUCUUAAUAAUACUUUACUAACUCCUUGAAUGUAUGAAUCUUUGGAAAGAUGUCUAGUAUGUGAUAACAAUUGGCUAAGUAAGCUCUAAGUUUAAGUGAAAUCAAUGAAAAAUAUUGCUCUUAAAAUUAGUGCACUGAUCAAGCAAUCACUAUGUAUAUUAUAUGAAGUUGGGUCAGUUCAUUUGCUGCAUAGUUAAAAGGAUAUGAAAUUGAAAAUGUGUUGUUUUUUUUAAAAUAUAGGAUAUAUUCUCAUGGUUUUCUUUGUUGAAGAGCAUAUCUAGGUAGAUAGCGUUUACAUGUCUGAAGCAAUAUAUAGCAGCAAAUUUGCAAGAAUGCUUUAAAAAAAUGUUAUGCACUUUUGAGCAGCACUAGCUAGCAGCAGUCAUGUACAACGUAUAACAUUGUUAAAAACAUUCUUGCAAAUUUGCAAUAUAGACGUGUGCACGCUGCCUAGGUAGGUAUGUUCUACAACAAAGAAUACCAAAAGAACAAAGUUAGUUUGAUAAUAGAGGUAAUUCGUAAAGUUUUUUUUAAUGAAAAAAAUUGGAGUUCAUGUCACUUUAAGAAUAGAAUUCUGAUCAGUCUCUUUAGGGAGUGUGGAAAAGCAUAUUUUUUUACAGUAAAAGCAAGCAAAGCAAAUCAGGAAUAUAUAUAUAUAUAUAUAUAUAUAUAUAUAGUGCAAUGUUAUUUAAUUUCAAAUAAUUAUUAGGGAGAAUUACAUUUUAAGAUUAAUGUCCAUUUAAAAACAAAAAGAAAUUGCCAAUAUUGGGGCAGAUUACGAGUGGAGCUCAAUAUUGCGCUUACGCGAUAUUUGCGCUCCACUUAGUUAUACCAUCGCACAUAAAUGUGCACUGGUAUUACAAGUACAGCGCAAUGCGAACACAACCUCACGUUCUCAUUCCCGAAAGCCAAGUGCUCAUGAGAGCGCACUUCCAUAGUCUCCAAUGGGAGCCUCAAUUUCAUGGCAGCAGCCACGGCAAACAACCUAGCGCAGUGCAGGGGACAAAUUGUGCAGCUUUGGAUAGCAAUAAAUAUAUAUAUAUGUAUAUAAGCAUAUAAACACAUAAAUAUAUAUAUAUACACAUAUUAACACAUAAAUAUAUAUGUAUAUACACAUAUUAACACAUAAAUAUAUAUGUAUAUACACAUAGUAACACAUAAAUAUAUAUGUAUAUACACAUAUUAACACAUAACUAUAUAUGUAUAUACACAUAUUAACACAUAAAUAUAUAUGUAUAUAAGCAUAUAAACACAAAUAUAUAUGUAUAAGAGCACAUAAACACAUAAAUAUAUAUGUAUAUAAGCAUAUAAACACAAAUAUAUAUGUAUAAGAGCACAUAAACACAUAAAUAUAUAUGUAUAUAAACACAAAUAUAUAUGUAUAAGAGCACAUAAAUAUAUAUGUAUAUAAGCAUAUAAACACAUAAAUAUAUAUGUAUAUACACAUAUUAACACAUAAAUAUAUAUGUAUAUACACAUAUUAGCACAUAAAUAUAUGUGUAUAUAAGCAUAUUAACACAUAAAUAUAUAUGUAUAUACACAUACUAACACAUAAAUAUAUAUAUAUAUAAGCAUAUAAACACAUAAAUAUAUAUGUAUAUAAGCAUAUAAACACAUAAGUAUAUAUGUAUAUAAAUACAAAUAUAUAUGUAUAUAAGCAUAUAAACACAUAAAUAUAUAUGUAUAUAAGCAUAUAAAUAUAUAAAUAUAGUUGUAUAUAAGCACAUAAAUAUAUAUGUAUAUACACAUAUUAACACAUAAAUAUAUAUGUAUAUACACAUAUUAACACAUAAAUAUAUAUGUAUAUACACAUAUAAACACAUAAAUAUAUAUGUAUAUAAGCAUAUAAACACAUAAAUAUAUAUCUAUAUACACAUAUUAACACAUAAAUAUAUAUGCAUAUACAUAUAUGUUUAUAGUGAAAACACCAUCACCCAUUGACCUCUAUGUAAAGGCACACCCCACAUCCCCUCACUAUAACUCCUUAUAACUGCUUCGUACAGUUUAAAAAAAAAAAAUAAUAAUAAUAAAGAUGCUCAUGUUUAUAUUUUAUAUUCAUAUACUGUCAUCUUUAUUUUGGGGGCAAUCGGGGCAACUUUUUAUUUUUAACCAGAGGUCUGACCUCUGGUUAAUUGCGCUUAGUGCAAAGUGAAACCCCAAUCUCGCAGUUACUUUAACCAGCCACUUGUAAUGGCAGGUUAUUUAACGUGCACCAGUAAACGGGCAAAUUUGCGGGCGCACGCUAAGAUAGGGCUCCAUUCGCAAUAUGGCUCUUAACAAGCUUGUUACAUUGUAACUGCUGUUAGGUAGAGGUGCUGGUGUCAAAAUUACCAACUCCCUCUUUUAGAAAAAAAAAUUGGGGCUUGGAGGAGAUAAUAGUUUUAGCACCUUUUUGUGUAACUCAGCUCCAAAUAUUGCACUUCUGACAAUGCUAAACCUGGGAAUUUAAUGUUACUAUAAACAAUCGGAAAACGUAAACUAAUAAUUUUUUUUAACAAUUAACGUAAAGGUAUCCACUGCUUUGCUCAAUGAAAAAUCUACCUCACAUUUGAUAUAAAAAAAAAAUCCUUUAUUCUUUUCAACUUAAAAGUACAUUAAACCCAAAGUUUUUCUUUCAUGAUUCAGAUAGAGAAUACCAUUUUAAACAACUUUCUAAUUUACUUCUAUUAUCUAAUUUGCUUCCUUCUUUUGAUAUUCUUUCCUAAAAAGCAUAUCUAGAUAGGCUCAGUAGCUUCUGAUUGUGGCUGCACAUAUUUGCCUCAUGUGAUUGGCUCACCCAUGUGCAUUGCUAUUUCUUUAGCAAAGGAUAUCUAAAGAAUGAAGCAAAUUAGAUAAUAGAAAUAAAUUGAAAUGUUGUUUAAAAUUGUAUUCUUUGUCUGAAUCAUGAAAAAAAAAUAUUGGGUUUAAUGUCCCUUUAAAAUAUUUUUAAUUUCACAUUAUCAAUUAAGGCACAAUGAGGUUAAAAAUUAGUUAUUGAAAACUGAUUUUAUAUGUUUCAUUGAUUAGUAUCUAUUAACAGAGUAAAUAUUAUAUUGGUUUACACUGGCUCAAAGGUGCUACUGUGAAAAAGGAGUUAGGAUUAAAAAUACUGUUGGUAAGGGUGCAGGUCAUUUUUGAGAUCAGUAUUUGAGUGAUUUUUAGCCAUAACUGAUACAAGGGAUGCUGGGAAUUAAUUUCUCAGUUUGAAACAACUGUGACUUGAUAUAGACAAAAAAAAAAAUCGACAUAUGCAAUGUUUUUUUUGACAUUCAAAUUUAUUCUACCAUACACUUGUAUAAAUAGACUAAUGGUAACAUUUGAAAUUUAUUUUCAAAUGUUGACUUUUGGUUAACUAAUAUUGAAUAGAAGUCUGAUAUUGAAAAAACAAACGCUUGCAUAGAGAGACAUUUAUAUAUAUAACAUUUAUAUUUUAUUAUCAUUUUUUUGAGCAUUUUAUUAUGAUAUAUAGAACUCUGCAUAGUACGAUAAACAGCUCUCAAACCAAAAUUCUGAUUGAUUUAUAAUCUUAUAAUAUAAUUAUAAUCUACUCAUACAUAGAGUUUUUGAAACUCGUGCCCUUUUGAGAAUCAACAUUUAAAUGUCAAUAUUUGAAUAUCAUUUAAAAUUUACUUGCAAAAAAUAAAUACUCAGAAAACAUUGGAUAUCCAUUUAGAACGUAUGACUGCAGUCAACAAUUUUUUAAUAAUGAAUGUGAACUUUUUCAUAGCCCUUUUUAAAGCAAAGUAUGAUUUUACUAUAUCAAUAAAUAUAUCAGAAAUAACAAUAAAAAUGAAAGGGCACUUUUUAAAUUGUGGUUGAAACUUAAAACCAAAAAAAUGUUAAAAAUGUUGUCUGAAUUUUUUAAAUAUUAUUUUAGUGAUUUCAUGCUCAAAUGACCUAUUAAAACUCUUGUUGACACUUAUAUAAAAGCGUUGUGACCUCAUAAAAAAUGUAUUUAUAGAAUGCAGACCUGGGAAUCUGUUGUUAUUAAUAUAAUUUUAUGAUGAUUGUUUUGUCAUCAAGAGGCUGUUGGAAUGAAGAGCUGAGUCAUGAGAACAAGCUCACUGACAGCUCUUUAUAGUAUGUGUACAGAUUACUUUUAUUUAUCAUGGGGAUUAAAGGGAAUUUUUAAUUA